UGAUGAUGAUGAUGAUGGUGAUGAAGAUGAACUGAAUCAGUAAGUGUCUCUAAUUUAAAGAGUUUUGGACACACUGAUGGUGUUUCUUUCUUUCAUUUAUUUUUAUGAUUUCAUUUCUUUACAGUUAAUCUGUGAAUGUUGUAACUAAAUAUAAAUAAUCUCUGUUUUGUUUUUGCGUCUCACAGAGCAAAGCAACAAAGUUUUACCUCCUACAACCUCAUGGCCUACGCAGGCUGAUGAAGCUGCCCCUCUGAAAGAGAAGGCCUCAGUCACAGGAAGCUAAAACGUUUCGGUGCAGUUUGGGGAACAUUGAUUGAACUGUGGAGGGAAAAGCACAACAGCUCAGAUUUUUACACUUUUUCACACUUUUUAAUGGAAACCAGUUGUACUGGUUUCAUCAGUUCAGUCAGUUUUUAACAUUUUGGCAUCAAACAAACAGAAACAAAUCUGAAGCCAAAGAUCUGGUUAUAGUCAGAUCUUAUAUCAUCAUAGUCGAAGCCAUGAUUGUUAACAUUUGUGUCACGUUUUUAAACUGCAGAGUUGCUCUGAACUCACGUGCAAAUCACUCUCCCUGCCGAGGGAACUGUGGGCCCGGUCUCUUCUGAUCAGUUAAUGUUAAUAUGGUUUUGUGGGCGGAGCCAGAAACCUACAGGAAUUCAACGUGACAUCAUCCUGGGUCUGUGUUCAGGUAGAGGCGGAGCUUCACAAUGGAGGCGGAGAUUCAGCAAAUCCUGGACCAGUUGUCCCACCUGCAGCAGCAAAGGCUGGAGUCAAACCCAAACAUUCUGCUGGAUGUGGGGAAGGAGGAGGACCAGGAUGAGACCUCCCAGCCCAUCAGGAACCCUCCAGGUCUCUGUUACAUCCCCCGACGGUUGGUGGUCCCUGCAGGUCUUGGAGGAACCCCAAUCACCCACCAGCUAACGGAGGACCUGAGGAGGGUUCUGUUUGGAGGCACGUUUCACCUCUUCAACCACGAGUGGAGGAAAUCCUUCUUCCGAUUCAGAGAAGGCGACCCUGAGCUGUCCUACGCUCUGGAAGCGGACAGGGUGAGGGACACAAAGACACCGGAGACCAUCAGAACCACCUGUCAAACAUCAAACACGAGCCCAGCCUUCUCACCUACUCAGGCUGGUUCCGACCGGCAGACACUGCUCAGUCUGAGGGACAUGGGACAGCAGGAGCAGCAGACAGCUCUAGCAGCUGCUCUGUCUGACAGCCUGUGGUUGGCCGGUCAGGAGGAGAGGGCAACUGUUGCCUUGUUGACCGAGGACAGCUACAUCACGUCUCACCUGGACUACACUCUGGACACUUUCACAGAGACGCUGCAGCUGUUUACAUUUGACAGGAAGGGGGACAUCACUAAGUUCAUCCUCGAUCACAUUCACUGUUUUAAUGAGGAGAGUGGUCACGGAGUCAUCCUGUUCCUCUACAGUCUCAUCUGCUCCCGGACUGUCGACGGGGUCAGGGAAGACAUGGACUCCACAACAUCCCACAUGCUGCACCUGAGUCUGGGAAGUUUUGUUUGUCACCAAGCUCUAAUGAAUCUUCUCCUGACUGGCAGAGCUUGUCCUCAAGUCUUUAAUGGGACUCUGUCGUCUGGGGAAGAUGGUGAGCCUCUAGAGUCCCCCCUGAAGGGGGUCUUGUCUCGUGGGGAUGUGGGGUACCUGACCUGGAGCCAGGAGCAGAUGGAACGAGACGUGCUGCCACAGGUGGGCAGCAUGCUGAAGACGCCCCGGUUUCCAGUUUGGGUCUGUUGUAUCAACAGCAGCUUCUCGGUUCUGUUCAGCCUGAACCGGUCCCUGUUGUCCGACUGGAAAAGGGAGCACCAGUUCCAGCUGUUCUACUACAACGGGCAGAACUCUCAGAGGUCCACAGCCCGGCUGACCAUUGAUACUCAGUCUGACCCCUGGGAGGCUCCGCCCCCAAACCCAGAGCAAGACCUGGAGAAAAGGUUCCCUCCUCUGGAGAUGACCAUCAGGACCAAGUGGGACGGAGCCGCCAUCGACUGGAACGGAACGACCCCCUUCUACUGAGGAACUAGACCAGGGGUGGGCAGUCCUGGUCCUGGAGGUCCGCAGUCCUGCAUGUUUUACAUGUUUCCUGGCCCAACA